CUGCUGCAGAAAUGACUUCAGUUCAGGUUUUGAGAGAGUUUAUCAACCAGCGACUCACUGCUGCUGCUGGAGAAAUAUUCACCGUGUUUCAACAAACUAUCGUCCAAUACGAGGAGGAGAUUGACCGACAGCGGAGACUUCUGGAAAUCAGCUACCAGCCUCGAAUCAAGUUACACAGAGCAGAGUUCCCACAGCACCAUGACCACAGCGAGGAGCAGCCCUUUAAACAGGAAACAAAUGACUGUGGAGAUCAGGAAGAACCAGAAUCUCCACAGAUCAAAGAGGAACCAGAAGAACCAGGACUUCUACAAUUUAAAGAGAAACAGGAGGAACCAGAACCUCCACAGAUUGAGGAACACGAGGAACUUGGUACCAGCCGGGAGGGAGAGCAGUUUUUACUGAAGUUUGAAAGUGAAACCUUUUCAGAAGCUUCUGGUGAAGACCAAACUGACCUGAGUGAACCAGAAGAACUUCCAGACACUCAGCAGAUCCUCUCUCAGGACUCUAAAGUCCAUCACAUGAAAAAAUGUCAUGCAUCAGAUUUAACUAUAAAUUCAGAGCUGGAAAAAACCAGCAUAUUUUAUAGUGACCGUGUUGAGAACUUUCCUGUGUUAAAGAAGCAGGAUGAAUGUGAAAAGAUUCUUUUUGAGACAACUGUCCGUACAAAACAUAAUUUGUGUCAGAAGUUAAAAACUGUCACCGAUGACAAGAAUAAAGUUUGUGAAAUCUGUGACAAAAGAUUCAACCAAAAGAAUACUUUAAUUGUCCACAUGAGAACUCACACAGGUGAGAAGCCGUAUUCUUGUAAAACAUGUGGGAAACGCUUCAGUGACCAGAGUAGCUUCUUGCGCCACAUCAAAAUCCACACAGGUGAGAAGAGUUAUAUUUGUGAAACAUGUGGAAAACGUUUCAAUGACCGGAGUAAUUGGUUGCGCCACAUGAGAAUUCACACAGGUGAGAAGCCAUAUUCUUGUGAAACGUGUGGUAAAAAUUUUAAUCAGCGCACCAGUUUGUCGAGCCACAUGAGAACUCACACAGGUGGGGACCUCGAUUUCCGUUAAACAUGUGGCAGAAGUUUCAGGGAACACAGUACUUUAUUACGCUAUAGAACUCACUCAGAUGAAAAGCUGUAUUGUUGUAAAAUAUGGGGAAAGUUUCAGAGAAAAGUCUGAUCUGUUGGUCCAUAUGAGACAUUCACACAGGUGAGAAGCCGCAUUUUGGUGAAACGGGAAAAGUUUCAGGGUACAUGGUAAUUUGUCAGAACACAAGAAAACUCACAGGUGAGAAGCCGUGUCCUUGUGAGACGUGGGGAAGAAGUUUCAGGCAUCGUAUUUAUUGCUGCACCACAUAAAAACUCAGUGAUGAAGUCAUGAGAGACUCUGUGGGAGAUGUCAUUCAGGAAAUCCAGCUUCAGUGAAAAAUCAUAAUCAUCCAGUUUAAAGGAAACGUCCCUGAUUUGAACACUAGACUGUCUUUGUCACAAAAAUUGGAAAGAGUUGGAAACUUGUUUCCAUUUGUGUUGAAUUACACAGAUGUUGACAAACAGUUCCUUGGUUUCACAGUGGAAUUUUGAUCAUCUUGAUUUUUCUUUCUAUCAUGACUGCUUAUGUGAUGUUUUCAAAAAAAUUUAUGUCAUAAAUGUUUGAUGAGCAGAUGGAAAGUUUAAAUAAAUGGAAAUUA